UGAGAGAGAGUGUUUUUUUUUUUUUUCUUUUCCUUCCAUUUAACACGUUAAGUCAGAUCAGGAAGUGCGAUGCUGUGACAGUAUAGAAGGAAGUGGGCGCACAAUGGCACUAUGUCUGGCUCUUGGCUUGGUAACAUGAGAGCCCCGAGGGUGAAGGCCCCUCUGCUGCUGCUGCUGCUGCUGCUGACCGCGCUGACCGGGACAGUGUUUUGCCAAGAUGAUGACGACGCUCCAGUGGAACCAAGUGUGACAGUGGACCAAGACCUGGGGAGCAACACAACUGAGACAGUAGCCUCAGGUGAAGACGAGGAUGCAGUUACAGUGGAAACCCCUGUCCUGUUGCAAGAUGGUUGUCUUCAAACUGAGGACUCCACAGAAGGCAACUGCUCAGGCACUGUUACAACAACAACUGAGGAGCUACCUGAGCUGGACCCCAUCAUCAUCAUUAUCCCCAUUGCACUGGUGGUCUUUAUCAUUGGCAUGAUAGUUUGUGGCAUUUGUAUCACCUGCAAGUGGAACAAAAAAAAGAGAAAUCCAGAUCUGAGUAAAGAAGAUCCAUAUUUGGAUGGAUCCAGUACAGAGAAGGUGCCGAUGCCGAUGUUUGAAGAAGACGUGCCCUCUGUACUGGAGCUCGAAAUGGAAGAGUUGGACCAGUGGAUGAAGAAGGAUGGUGAAACAACAGAGGAGUCUAAAGAUGUGUAACUGUAUUUAAAGUUAAAGGACACACCGUCAGCAACGCAUUGUUGCCAGCACUGAUGUUUCCACUUCUUCCACCUGCAAUAAUCCAGCCCUGUGACUGUCUGGAAACAACAGCACAACACUUACACUCACUAACAUUGUUCUGAAUUUUAUAGUAAGACAAUAAGGCAACACCUCCUGGUAGUCUUCAGUGGACUGCAACAUGCAACAACUGACCUGAACAGUCUCUCUUUGUAUAAAAAUAAUCAGUGUUACAGGAUGUGGAGGUCUGUUUUAACAUGGACAGGUAUAUGUACAGUAUUUUAUGCCUCAGAUUCUUACUGUAAAAAAUGAUGUUGUUAUGAUUAGGUCAAUAUCGCUCUCCUCUCUUCAUAGGCAGGCCGGCUCUUAGCUUCUGGUGAUAGGUUUUCCUUAGCUCAGAGCCUCUUUGUUGCAUUACAUUAUACAAGUCUCUCCAGCUGGAGGUUUUAAUCUGGAGAUAUCCAGCUGAAUGCAUGACAGAGAGGCUACUUUUUUUAUGCUCAGGAUUUAUAGAUAAAGUGUUUUUGUUUUAAAUCUCAGAGCCUGUUUCUGGGGCUUUGGAUGAAUCAUUGCCCGUCACUGAAGCAGCUUUUGGAAAGCUGCAGCUGAUAAGAUUUUUAUCUCGCCACAGAUAACAAAUAAGUCUUUGACUGAAUACUUUAUAUGUGCAGAUGCUGUUGAGACAUUUUGUUUCCAGUUUUUUUCUUCGAAAGUGUUGAAUCGAAGCAGUCGUAACACUGAUCCACAUGUGAGCUCUACUCUCUUAUUGUGCGGGAUCCUGCACUGUAAAUAUGAGAACGCAAUAUGCCAUAAGAUAUUUGUAAAUAUUUCAUAAAGGCACUCGUUCUUUUUGGUUUGCUGAUGAAGCUUUGAGUAAAAUUUCAAUAAAUAAGA